UAAAUAACUCACAGAAACUCACUCUUUCACGCACUAUUAGUCUCUUCCUGUUCUUUCUCUGUGUUUACUUUAAUUUUCUUUUCUCUAUUAUUUGCCAUGGGGUCACACAUGCUAAUGUGUGGUCUCACUCUCACUACUUUGUUUUCCAUGAUAUCCGUGAGCAUGGCCGAUGAUAAAAGUGUAUGUAACUUUCCGGCAAUAUUUAACUUUGGAGACUCAAACUCCGAUACCGGUGGUUUAUCUGCAGCUUUUGGACAAGCCCCACCUCCUCAUGGCGAAUCAUAUUUCCACCACCCUGCUGGUCGUUACUGUGAUGGUCGUGUUAUCAUAGAUUUCAUAGCUCAGAAGCUUGGAUUGCCAUUGCUAAGUGCUUAUUUAGAUUCUGUGGGCACCAACUUCAGCCAUGGAGCCAACUUUGCCACAGCAGGUUCAACCGUGAGACCCCAAAACACAACUCUCCGCCAGGGCGGUUUCAGUCCCAUCUCUUUGGACGUUCAAUUCGUUGAGUUCUGUGAAUUCCAGAAUAGAACUCAAACUUUCCGUGCCCAAAAUGAAGUUUUCAAAAGCCUAUUGCCUCCCGCAGAAUAUUUCAAUGACGCAUUGUACACAUUUGAUAUUGGUCAGAACGACUUAACAUCAGGUUACUUCUCUAACAUGUCAGUCACUGAAGUUAAAGCAUACAUUCCUGAUGUACUUCUACAGCUCUCUAACACCAUAAGGUAUAUAUAUGCUAGAGGAGGGAGAUACUUUUGGAUACACAAUACAGGUCCAGUAGGAUGUUUACCAUAUGUGAUUGAUCGGCUGCUGGUCAGAACACCAGACGUUGACGCUGCUGGUUGUGCCACACCUUUCAAUGAAGUUGCACAGGUUUUCAACGAAGGAUUAAAGCAAUCCGUGAUGGAAUUGCGAAAGGAAUUACCAUUGGCUGCUCUCACUUAUGUUGAUGUCUAUACUCUCAAAUACGAAAUGUUUACCAACCCAUCAAAGCAUGGGUUUGUGGACCCACUGCGAGCAUGUUGUGGACACGGUGGGAAGUAUAAUUACAAUGCUAACAUUGGAUGUGGAGCAAUGAAAAAUGUGAAUGGGACACAAAUUAUGAUUGGAAAGGCUUGCAAAGAUCCAGGGGUUAAAGUGAUUUGGGAUGGUGUUCAUUUUACACAAGCAGCUAACAAAUUCAUCACUGAACAUAUUGAAACCGGUGCAUUUUCAGACCCUCCAAUUCCCUUGAAAAUGGCUUGCCUUCGGAACCCACCCACUUCCCAUUGAAGCAAAAAUAAUCAAUCGUCAAUGUUCAUUCAUAUUUUUAGCCUUAAUUAAUUCCUUUUUUUUUUUUUUAAUUUUUUUUUUUUUGGUUUCAGAUCUAGAUUAGACUUAUGUGACCCAAGUCAUGAUAUGUAAUAAAAUUUCAUGAUUAUUUAAUUAUAAUGAUUUUAUUUCUUUAUA